GUAAACAAAAAGACAUACAAUAAAAGCUCUAACAAUGCAAUAUCAUCUGCCGCUGCUUGGAACUGUGGUAGAUUUUGCUUGGCAGAGAUUGAUUACACCAUCAAAUAGUUCCUCGCUUUCAGACGGAAUGCUGCGCAUGUCUGCACUGCGUCUGCGGGAAAGUCCGGCGCUUGCUCCAAGGAGGCGUCAUAUCUUUACAAAAGCGACAUUCGUUGUCGAAGUUUACCUCUACAUGUCCAAAAAAGGGGCAAAAGAGCGCAUUCAUUAAUCCCAUUUAUGUGCAACGUAUCCAAGGAUAAGUGGCGCAUUGAUCCACUGUACAAUUUUUGUGGGGGUAAAUAUAAUCACGUGUCAGCGAGGCAGCCAAUAGGAGUCCGGGAAGCACUGAGAAAUAAUUACCUGCCUUGAUUGUUCUAUGGCCAGAUAAAAAAGUACACAUACACUCCAUAUAAUAAACGGAUGCAUGUAAAAGAGUCGCGGAGGCUUCGACAUGUCGACCACGGGUCCCAUAAGUAAUUAUUAUGUGGAUUCCUUGAUCAACCAUGAGAGCGAGGAUGUCAUCGCGGCGGCUCGGUUUUCGGCGCCCGGUUCGCACCCAGCUGGCCCUCGACCGACGUCCUUGGUGCCGGAGUGUGGCGAUUAUCCUUCCUGCAGCUUCGCACCCAAGCCUCCCGUCUUCUCCUCCUCCUGGGCCCCCGUCCACUCCCAGUCAUCAGUGGUUUACCAUCCAUACAGCCAUCAACCCCACUUAGGCACAGACUCGAGGUACAUGCGCUCAUGGCUGGAGCCGAUUUCAGGCGCCGUGCCUUUCCAUGGCUAUCCGGGGAACAGCAGGCACUAUGGACUGAAGCCCGACGCCUUUCCGGACCACAGAGCCGGCGAGUGUCUCGGCACGAACGGAAGGACCUACACGGAUUAUCUGUACUGUUCAUCCACUGACAUGCGAGACAAGGCGCAGCAGAAUGCGCCUUCCCCAGAGUCGGAGCUGCUGACUUCGGGGAAGCAUAAAGAGGAGAAGCCGGAGCUAGAUCCCAACAACCCUGUGGCAAAUUGGAUACACGCUCGUUCCACGAGGAAGAAGCGAUGUCCAUACACAAAGUACCAGACUCUGGAACUGGAAAAGGAGUUUUUGUUCAAUAUGUACCUAACGAGAGACCGCCGAUACGAGGUGGCCCGGGUUCUGAAUCUGACCGAGAGGCAGGUCAAAAUCUGGUUUCAGAACCGGCGAAUGAAGAUGAAGAAAAUGAACAAAGAGAAGGGCGACAGCAAGGAUCAGUGAUAGGACUGCAGCGACAGAACAACCACAUUAACCACUAUAGAGUCACUUGGACAGCACAGAUGUACCAAAACACGACCCCCCUUCAUCCAUGUUCUCAUAUUUAUCACUUUGCUGGAUUUUGUAUUAACCCCAACAUCCAGACUGUUAAAAGCUUAAUAUAAUUUUUUUAGUUACUUAUAUAAUUUGUGCAGCGUUUUGAAGAAAAUAUAGAAAAAUAGACAUGUGUUUUGAUUUUUUUUUUUUUUGUAAAAAAAAAAUAAAUAAAUAAAAAAAUAAUAAAAGAAGCGCAUUUGGAUACGAACAACUUUCCGAAGAUAGAAACUUGAAUUCAUUUGAAUUUCAGAAAAGCAUAAUUUAUGAUGUGAACGGUUCAUGUUUGUUUCAUUUACGCACGCGCACAGGUGUGGUCUUUUGUACAGAAAUAGGGCAUCUACGAACCAUGCGUUUUUCUUGUAUUUUGUGGUAGUUGUUGCUGUACAUUUGUGCAUUCUUUUUUUCUUCCUUUUAACUGUAGCCUGCGAGUUUAUGUGGACAGUAGCUUUAGAGCUCUGCAAAUAUAACCAUGAUCACCAGUGUUUGCUUUCUGUUUUCAUUGGGGGAACAUCUUGUACUUUCACACGUACUGAGUGACACAUUUGCUCAGACAAUUAUUUUAUGUUAUUGAUUUAAUUGUGAUAAUGUCACUUAUAAGUGAUCUGUGCAGACUGAACUGCAUGUUUCAAGCACAGGUGUUAAUAACACAAAUAUAUGAGCUCUGAAAAUGCAAAAAAGGAAAGCGUUCCAAGCUAUAUGUGGCUCAUUUAUUUACCAUUUGUUCCCGGUACACAAUAUGGUCUUCUUUCUUGAUUCACUACACUCAAAGUGGCAGUUAUGCUCUCUAAACAUGACAUGCUAAUCUAAUUAUUGGGCCAAUUUAAAUAAAACAACAUUUUUGCUACACAUUUUUCUAGUUUGGGUGAUUUUUUUUAAUGAGAACGAGCUGCAUGUUAUUUUCUAGGUUUUGUUUUCCUAGUAAAUGAAAAAAAGUAUUCCAAUUCACCAUUUAAUACUUUUAAAAACAGUCUUAGUUUUAAAUACAAAAAUACAGCAGAGUUGUGUGCAAAUGUGGAGCCUUAUUUACAGUCAGGCUGCGAAGUUUGGCAGAAAUCUGAAAAAUGUGAACUACUGACAUUCAAGUAAGAGACUAUUUCCCAUGGCCUGCAUUUGUUUCCUGGGAUAGGUCUAAAUUGCCUUUUUGUGGUGGCAAACAAUACAAGCAGGAUGCCGUAAUUUCAAAGCCCGAUCCCGUGCAUUUCCGCUCAUCCCGGACAAAAAUGCCAGUUUUACAGCCCCUGUUGGAGCUCGGCUGUUUGUCUCAAAUGCAGACGAACAAAGCAAACUCGACUAACUGGCUAGACGUCUGGGCUAAAUUACUUUAUGGUUUUAAUGGACGGUAGUGGUGGAGUCGCUGUGUGCAAUGUCCAUGCGGCUUUUUCCUGCCUCGACCACUCCUGCACUUCAUGUGAGUGAAAGAAUCAGCCAUCAGAUGUGGAAAAGUCGAUGGUCGCGGCGCAUUAAUUUGAAAAAAAAAAAAA